AUGUGUGCACGUCAAUAUUAUUCUUAUCCAACGCAAACAAGUGUACAAAUUCGUUUAGAAAGUGGAAUGAACUUUCCAGCCGUAACCAUCUGUAGUGGAAAUCCAUUUCGGUAUGAUAAAAUUCGAAUGCCUCUAAACUAUUAUAUUGUUCAAAAUAAUAUAUCAUCAGAUCCUACCAGUAUGACGUAUUUUCAAUCAGUCAGUGCUAUGUUCAAUUUUAUCUUAGAAUUAUUUAACGAAAAUAAUAUUGAUCAAAUUCGAUCAUACGGUUUUCAACUUGACGAUAUUCUAUUAAAUUGUACCUAUAAUGGUAUUGAUUGUCUUCACAAUAGUAAUAAAGUAUUUGUAGAAUCAAUAUCAAUAACACUGGGCAAUUGUUAUACAUUUAAUGCGAAAACGUUAACACAGUCACUUUAUAAAAUAAAUGAUAUAGAAAAAGGAUUGAUAUUAGAAAAUGGUCUAGUUUUAACAUUGUAUAUAAAUAGUGAAUUAUAUACUCCUAUUUAUAACUAUGGUAUUGGUUUAACAGCUAUGGUUCAUGAUAAUGUUCAAUUACCAUUAGUCAAAUCUCUCGGUAAUCAUUUUCAACCGGGUAUGGAACAUCAAAUUAUUUAUCGUAAAAGUGAAGUAACUUAUUUGGGUUCACCUUUCACACCAUGUACAACGACAAUAAGUGCUGAUAUGCAAGCACUUUAUUCAACAUUGUUUGGUGAUGCACAAUAUGAUUAUUCUCAAUCAAUUUGCUAUGAAUUAUGUCAGCAAACUUAUAUUUAUCAGCAAUGUCAAUGUGUAUUACCUGUUUAUUUUUACAUUAAAUCUUUAAUGAUUAAUGACCAAUUAAUAUCGGUUAAUGCAUGUUAUAUUGGUACGGAACAGGAAAUGUGUGCUUAUCGAGCUAAACAAACAUUUGUGAAUAAUAUUAGUUUACAAGUUAAAAGUUGUAUUCGAUGUCAACAACAAUGUCAAAUUGUUACAUUCGAUACAGAUAUAACCGCGUUGAAAGGACCUACUACUGCACAAAAACAAUUUUUAUACCAAUCAGUCUUCUCCCAAAAUACAACAAUACCGUUGCAAGCAGAUUUUCAAACAAAUUAUGACUCUUAUAUAGAUAACAAUUAUUUAAAACUAACGGUAAUAUGUGGAAGUCAAUAUGUCACAACUUAUCAAGAAAAAACCGUUUACACAUGGACAGCAUUGUUAUCAGACAUAGGAGGCCAAAGCGGAUUGUAAGUAUACAAGUUAAAUUUCUGAUUCUGCUAUCUGAAAUGAAAUAGACUUCUCACAUAUACGAGAACGAUGGACGGUUUCCAAUUUAUUUUUACAACGGAAAAGUAGCAUCAGGGCUUCGAAUCGACUGGGUUAAAACAAGCCCGGCCGAUGGCUUACUACAGACUGCGUUUUUUUCACAAUCAGAACCAUUGGUUGGGCUGGACCACUACCUGUUAUAAUCGGUGCCCAUGGGACGAAGUCCUCUGCCCAUGGGGUGAUGUAUAGAAAAACCGACAUUUUUCUACUAGAGGCCGCGUGAGAACGGUAUGACAAAUUUACUCUUUUGAAGUGUCUUAUUCUGCUCUGUCGUUGGUCCUUAUGGAACAGAAGAGUAAAUGACAAUUACCCUUGAUCAGCAUGGUAAAUGAGGCUGUGUUCGGGAAAAACCUUUUAUUAGAUGGGCCAGCUAGUCCAGUCCAUGGAUUGGGCUGGGCUGGAAAGUUUAUGAACUAAAAGCCAUGGGCUAGGCUGGUAAAGGGCGAGAUAGUCCAUGGGCCAACUUUUCUCGGCCUAGCCGGACCCAUUCGGAGCCCUGGCACGUAUUAUUUCUCAUGGGGGCUCUAUUUAGUCGACGUAUAUGAGUUUAUAAACUGUCGUAUCAUCACAAAACGUCAAAAAAGAACAUUUUUAACUUCCUCUGAUUUUUCUUGGGAUAGAGGGUUCCUUGAUGUUUUGUUUCGUACAUCCUUGGUGAAAACAGGAAAUACUCACGAAAAAUAGAUUCAAUACUACACAUGUCAUUCUAGCAGUCAUUCCAUAUGCUAACUAAAAAUAUCGUAUCAGAAGUGUGAUGAGGGCUCUGAAAUUCCCAUAAGGAUUUUUCCGAUACUUUGAAUAUUAUUUAGAUAGGCGCUUACAUAGAGCUGGACCACUUCCAAUAUGAGACUUUGAUCUCUCGAAGAUUUAUUGGGCUUCUUUGACGUAUACUCAGUAUGAAACUAUCACACAAUGCUCAUAUUAAUUAAGAGACAACUAGAACGUCGAAAGAAUGUUAGAAACAACUAGAACAACAACAACAAGAAGAAACAAACUAGAACGUUAGAAACAACUAGAAGUACUGUAAUUUAAGUUCAACGCAUGUAUUCAAAAGCAAACUAUUGUCCAUCCAAAAAAAGAAUGGUAUAUGACUGUUUUUUGAAUAACUUUCGAUAGGAAAAAGCUAAAGAGCUUCAAUUUUCACCAUUCGAAAGAGGAG